UCUACAUUUUCCGUGUUUUUGACUUUGUAACAUUGACUCUCUCUCUCUCCUAUCCCUGAGUAUAAAUACAAUCCAUUCCAACUUCUUCCAAUUCAUUAUCAUCAUUUACGAUCCCCUUCUUCAUCAAAACCAAGUUCAAAUAUUAAUUCAAUAUUGUCUGAUCGAUUCAAGAAUGUCAAACACGGAGGAAAUUGAGAUCCCACACUACUUCAUCUGCCCUAUCUCUCUUCAAAUGAUGAAAGAUCCAGUCAUAGUCCCCACCGGCAUAACCUACGACCGUGAAAACAUUGAAAAAUGGGUUUUCUCCAACAACAACCAAUUCUGUCCGGUAACCAAACAGUCUCUCCCGGCAGAAUCAGUCCAUGACCUAAUCACUCCAAACCACACCCUCCGCCGUCUAAUCCAAUCAUGGUGCGCCAUCAACGCUUCCAACGGCAUCGAACGCUUCCCCACACCCAAGCCCGCGGUAACCAAAUCCCAAAUCACCAAGCUUAUAAAUGAUCAUUCCAAAUCCACUACUCAAGACAAAAUCAACUGCCUCGCUAAACUAAAGUCAAUGGCCGCUGUCAGCCACGCAAACAAAAGAUGCAUCGAGGCCGCAGGAGGGGCUCUCUUCGCCGCUUCUUUGAUUGCCGAGUCUGCCGAUGCCACCAACGAGGCACUCAGUACUCUAUACUCUCUCAAUCUAUCCGAAACCGGUUUAAAAACUCUAUUCAAGAGUAACAGUUUCCUAAAUGCGUUAACUUGUGCGAUGAAACUCGGAAGCUACGACUCAAGAGCUUAUGCUGUCAUGAUACUAAAAUCCAUCACCGAAGUAACCGACCCUACGGACAUGAUCAUCGGGUCGUUAAACCCUAAAUUCUUCACGGAAAUAGUUCAAUUAGUAAGAGAUCAAAUUACCCCUAAAGCCACCCGAGCAGGACUUCACGUGCUAAUAAAUGUGACCUCGAAUUGUCGGAACCGGGUGAAGGCAGUGGAAGCGGGAGCAGUCCAGGUGAUGAUCGACAUGUUAGUCGAGUCGUCCGAAAAGAGGGUAUGCGAAAUGGCAUUGACUGUUCUAGAUCAUCUCUGCCAAUGCGCAGAAGGGCGGGCCGAGGUGUUGAGUCACGGGGCGGGGCUGGCCAUCGUUUCGAAGAAGAUAAUGAGGGUAUCGAAGGUUGCUAGCGAGAGAGCAAUUAGGGUUUUGCAUUCGAUAGCGAAACAUUCGGGGAAUGCGGUGGCUUUGAAGGAGAUGUUGGAGAUGGGAGUGGUGAGUAAGCUUUGCUUGGUGCUACAAGUGGAGAUGGGGACUAAGAUCAAGGAGAGAGUUAUAGAGAUUUUGAAGAUGCAUGCAAGGACUUGGAAGAAUGCCCAUUGCAUUCCCAUGGCUCUACUCUCUUCCUAUCUUUAAUUAUGUCAAUUCUUCUCUUCUUCUUAUUCAAAUUCAUUCUUUGAUGUGCAUACAUAUUAUAAGUAGCUAGCUUGAUUAAUUCUUUUGUUAAUUGAGAUCGAUAAUUGUAUAGAUACACAUGAUACAUAUAUAAUUUGGUUAAGUAAUUGUUUGCUGGAAGCAAUUAAUUCAUACAAAUCAAUAUUGCAAAUAUAUGGUGUUUCUUUCCUA